CUCUCUCCUCUUCUGAAACCUUCCUUAUUUGAUGUGUUUCCUUCUCGUUCCAUUUUUGGAUUGAUCCUCCCCCAAAACAUUCCCGAAUUCUUCAACCAAGACCGCAAAAUCCUCAAUCCCGCGUUACAGCAAAUGACCGCAGCUACGGCACUUCCGUCGAACAUGACGCAAAUCGACCCCGAGAAAGCCCAAGUGGCAAGCACGCCUCCUGCAAUUGCACAACCAGCGCGUAGCAUGGACGAGAAAGCCGACCUCGACAAGACAUACCCCAAGGGCAUGAAACUCACUCUCAUCAUGGCGUCCUUGUAUCUGGCAGUAUUCCUAGUUGCGUUGGAUCGCACCAUUAUCGCGACCGCCAUACCACAAAUCACCAACGAGUUUCAUUCGCUUACAGAUAUUGGCUGGUACGCUUCGUCAUACAUGAUGACUUCUUGCGCCUUCCAGCUAUGGUUUGGAAAGCUCUACGUGUACUACAGCACGAAAUAUGUCUUCCUCCUGGCUAUUGCGCUGUUUGAAAUCGGCUCAGCCAUAUGUGGUGCGGCUCCCAACUCUGUCGCCUUCAUCUGGGGACGAUCGAUAGCUGGGUUUGGGUCGGCGGGGAUCUUCAACGGAUCUAUCGUCAUCAUAGUUCAUACCAUUCCUCUCGCGAAGCGGCCUAUGUUCCAGGGCUUGUUUGGCGCUGUCUUUGGCAUUGCCAGUGUAGUGGGACCAUUGAUAGGAGGAGCGUUUACUACUCAUGUCACCUGGCGGUGGGGAUUCUACAUCAACCUCCCCAUCGGCGGAGUUGCUGUCGCAGCCAUAAUAUUCCUCCUCCACAUCCCUACCCCGCCCGACUUUGGCAAGCCUCUUUCCGUUCAGAUUCGCCAGAUCGACCCCAUCGGUACAGCGUUCUUCCUCCCAGGGAUUGUCUGCCUUUUACUUGCCCUACAAUGGGGCGGCGCCACCUAUGCGUGGUCCAACUACCGCAUCAUUCUACUUCUCACUCUUGCUGGUAUCCUUCUUAUCGGAUUCGUCAUCAUCCAGGUCUGGAAAGGCGAUGAAGCUACUGUGCCGCCGCGGAUCAUCAGGAACAGGAGUGUAGCAGCUGGGUUCUACUGGUCGCUCUGCUCCGGCGCCUCCAUGAUGAUAGUCGUCUACUUCCUCGCCACUUGGUUUCAGGCGAUCGAAGGUGUGUCGGCGUACACAUCCGGCAUUCGGCUUCUCCCGCUUGUGCUCUCUCUCGUUGCUGGAUCGAUACUUGGAGGGGCGAUAACCGGGAAUGUGGGAUACUAUGCUGUUCCACUGAUCCUUGGCACGGUAUUGAUGUCGGUCGGUAUGGGGUUGUUGACGACUUUUGAGGUGAAUACUAGUCAAGCCAAGUGGAUUGGGUACCAAUUCGUCUACGGCUUUGGUCUUGGUCUAGGAAUGCAAGCACCCAGUAUGGCUGUCCAGACUGUUCUUGACAAGCAAGACAUUCCAAUUGGAGCGAGCUUGAUGUUAUUUGCGCAAUGGCUCGGUGGCGCAAUUUUUGUCUCGGUGGGGCAAAAUGUGCUCUCGAACAAGCUUGUUGAGGGAUUGAGGGUGUUGCCUGAAUUUGAUAUUAGAUGGGUCACACAGUCUGGGGCCACUGACUUGAGGAACGCUAUUCCAGCUAAGGCGCUUGAUAUUGUGUUGCACGUAUAUAAUGGAGCAUUGACUAGGACCUUUGAUAUAGCCUUGGCAAUGAGCUGCGCAGCGAUGUUGGGGGCAUUGGCGAUGGAUUGGAAUAACAUCAAGAAGCAGACUGAAAAAUAG